AGACGAUUACUUUAGAUUACUUGCAGCAGCACACGAGAUGAUGCUGUCUCAGUCACACUCUUUAAAGUCCUACCACUUAAUAAACCUGAAAACAUCUUCCUUCUCGCUCACUCACUGGCCGGCCGGCAGGGGCGCGCGCGCGCCUUCGUCAUUACACGUUUUUGUGUUGUCGAAGUCACACGCGUUCGAUAUUUAAAAUAUUUUUUUGCCAGAUUUAAGGAAUUUACAGUAUUUAUUCGUUAAACAUGGGGAAAAAACGGAAGAGAUCAAGAUCGAGGGAUAGUAAACGUUUGCGCAAAGAAAAUAGGAGGUUAAAGGAAAUGCUAAAGCGUCGGCGGUUGAAUUCUUCGUCGUCGGAAGUGUCACAGGAUUCGCAUGACACGCUAAAUUCGCCCAUUGAAAGCGAAAGAGGAGCGGCGGACGGAAACACGAUUGUGCUUUCACCUAUGCAUGCAGAUGAAGUAGUAGACACUGAAAUAAUAAAUGAAAUGGAUGACAGGGAAACCGAAGCGGACCUAGAUCCAGAAAUACUUCAGAUUUUGGGUGAUGACCCAUCUAAUGAAAACAAAUUCGGCGAAGAUUUGCAUAAUCAGAUACUGCCUAGAUGGAAGCAUAUUUUGGCAAAAGGCCUUGACAAAGAAGUCAAGUCCGAACUUUGUAAACUAUACUUGCCCCCAGAAAACUGUGGGAGUCUAAGGGCGCCCAAGCUUAACCCUCAAGUCAGGCGUUUUUUAAGUGAGCCUAAUAAAAAGAAGGAAUCUUUUAACGAGAGCAAACAAAAUCAACUAUCAAGUUGCCUUGCAGCCCUGGGAAAAUCACUGAAUAUAGCACUGUCAAAUAAAGGAAAUGCAGUUCCGCAAGACAUCAUAAAGCCUCUUAGUGACGCAGGGCGUCUCCUGUGCGAUUUUCACUAUAGAGAAUCUCAGUCGAGACGUUAUGCUAUCAUAAAUGUAAUUAACAAAGACAUGCGUGAAACGCUGAAGAACACAGUGAUUGAUGAGUUUCUAUUUGGAGCAGAUCUGGCCGAACAGUUAAAACAAGACAAGGAGAUAACCCGAGUCGCCAUGGAUUUAAGAACUCCUCGGCCUUCAAGACUACCAGCAGCUGGACAGGUACAAAGAGGAACUUUAAACUACCGGGGGGCGCGGGGUCCGGCCUCGGCAGCGCGCCAGUACCCCUCGCAGCAGAAGCCGCCGGCGUCGUCAGGCGCGGGAGCAGCGACAUCUUCGAGAGGCCGGGAUCACCGCCGCUACGAGUCUUCGAGCUGGAGGAAGCCCAACGGACGCGGACGGACAACGAGGCGGUAGCCUCUACCUCUAACCAGGAGUUAGCCCAGGUACCUAACAUAUCGAUUGCUGGUAGACUGCGCUUAUUUUAUGAUAAAUGGCGUGCUAUUACUAAUGACAGCCUAAUAUUAUCUUGGAUUCUCGGUUAUGAGAUUCCCUUUAAGGAUAUGCCUAUGCAGCCGUAUGCUUCUAGAACUGCGAAGUUUUCUAAAUCGGAAACUUUAGCUAUUGAGCAAUGUAUUACUGCUAUGUUAAAAUCUAAUGUGAUAAAUAGCUGUUCCCAUUGUGAAUUACAAUACAUUUCGCCUAUUUUUACGGUUCCUAAGCCAAAUGGGAAACAUAGAUUUAUUUUAAAUUUAAAGCAAUUAAAUAAAUUUAUUGAAACUUAUCAUUUUAAAAUGGAAGACCACCGCACGGCUUUAAAACUUUUAGAACAUAAUUAUUAUAUGGCUACUAUUGAUUUACAGGACGCAUAUUUUUUUAUUUCAGUCAAUGAAGCAGACAGAAAGAUGUUGAGGUUCGAGUGGAACUCAAAUCUAUAUGAAUUUAAUGUUCUCCCAUUUGGCUUAUGCACGGCGCCGUAUGUUUUCACUAAAAUAAUCAAACCUGUUGUUCAUUAUUUACGUUCAAUGGGCUUAAUGUCGGUUAAUUAUCUCGACGAUUUUAUGUGCAUUGGCCGAACAUACACCGAAUGCUUAGAAAAUAUAAAAAUAACAAAACAAUUCUUAGAAUCUCUGGGUUUUGUCAUCAAUAUCAGUAAAAGCCAACUUAUUCCGAGCACAUAUUGCAAAUUUCUUGGUUUUAAUUUUGACACUCAUAAUAUGACACUAAAUUUACCACAAGAUAAGAAAAUACGCAUAAGGGACAAAGCCAAAAAAUUCAUUAAACUUAAAAAAUGUACAAUCAGACAGUUCGCGGAAUUCAUAGGUUUACUAACAUCAGCAUGCCCAGCUGUCCAGUACGGCUGGGUUUACACAAAAAUAUUUGAAAGGGAAAAGUUUUUGGCGUUAAAUAAUACAGAUAAUU